GGGGCAUCCCUAGGAGGCACUUUGUUCGGAAGAACGGCAGGAUUUCCUCGGGUACAGAGUGCACUGCCACGGAGAGGAGGUCCUGUGAUGACUGCGUCCAGACCCUUGUCAAAGUUGGUGCGGAUAGUCGAUCCAGAAUCAGGCAUUGAGAAGAAGGUCAAAUUUCGCAACCAAGCUUCCUUAUCAGAUUACUUACGAAACAAGGGCAUUGGAUCUCUUCGUGAGAUAGACUCAGAAGAAGCUCCUUACAGUGAUGACUUUGACGACAUACUUGAUGGUCAAACAUACCUGUCCGAUUCACAGAAACUGGAGAGUACAAUUCAACUUGUUCGGCGUGAGCGGACCAAUGUCAUAAAAGGGGAAGAGGACGAGUUUGCAGAGGCACUUGUGAAGCUGUUCAGUCAACGAGGGGUGUCUCUGAGAAACAGACCUGAACUCCGGACUCUUGCACAAAGGGAAGUGGAUGCCGUGCUUGUGGGGAACAAUUGCGUCGUGAUUGGAUUCUGCUGCACCAAGCUGGACGAAGAAGAACUUCGAGAUGCCUUCGACAAAGUCUCCGGAAUUCUGAAUCAAGCGGUCCUUGGUGAUCCUGAUCUGUCUUUCCUGCUGGUCGACAAGGUUUUUGUGACACAGAUGGCUUCCUAUAUCCCACAUGAGAAGCUGUCCAAGCUGGAGGAGUCCGCAAGGAAGAAGACGAUCAUGCUCGUCAAAAGGAAUGGGAACAACUACUCCUUCAGAAGUCCUUCCCCUGUGCAAACGUUCAAGCGGCCAGCAGCACGGAUAAUGUGA